ACCAAAAAAAAAAAACAAAGCAGCAGCAUGGCCCAACCCUCUUAACAAAUCUAAAGUAGAAUAGAAAGCAAGCCUAAGCCUUCACGCGCCAGAAUCAAAACCCAUUAUCCAUUACCCUGCCAGAAUCAAAAUGCAGCACGGCACUAACGGCUACAGCGAAAAAAAAAAAAAAAAAAAAAGGCAGUCGGCGGAGGAAAGGAAGCUUGAGCCAGCAGCCAGGCCCAACAACAGUGGAGAGAGAAUGAGAGAGGCGGAGAGCAAGAGUUGAGAGAAAGAAAAAUGAGAAAGAGACGGUAAAAUUUUUAGAGAUUUAAGAGUUGAUUGAAUUGGUGUGGAGUACAUUUUUGGCUCUGGUGGAGUUAUCAGCUUGCUUUCAUCACACAACAUUCCUGAUAAUCUUAGCGAAAUUGGUGUGGAGUACGUUGAGAGGGGCUUAGUGUCAAAGUGGCUUCACAUAGAGGGAACUUGGAUAAUUGGCAACCCAUCUAAGAAGUUGCACUCUUGAUCUCAAAGCCAUGAGAUAGUAAGUCGCUAGUUAAGCUCUUCAUCUCUUUGUACACUCUCAUAAGCUAACAAGUUCUCAUUGUACACUCUCGUCAGCUUACUGAGCACCUUUUCCACUACCAUUAUUGGUUUUUUUUUUUUUUUCCACAAUAAUUUAUCAUAUACUUUAACGCCAGUUUAGUAACUACUUGUAUUUGCCAACUUUCAUCUCUAUUAACGACUUCUGUUAGGUUCUAAAGACUUAGGUUUUUAUGUAUUUAGAACUCUAAUGUGUAUUGUUGGCAAACCAUGAUCAAAACAAUAUAUUUAGUCAUAUUUAGACUUGCUCAAAGUUGGUUUGCUUAUGUAAAGUUAGAAUAAGUUGAUGCAGGAACCAUUUAAGCUUCUCGGCCUGGUUCAAUCGAUUGAAGCUUAGGCUCAAUCAAUCGAAAAUUGGGUCAGAGGCGUUUUUCUGCAAAGUUCCAACUUAGCCCUAGUUUGUUUAAAACGUUUAGGGUUUUUUAAUUUGUCCUAAGUAUAAAAGGCAAACCCUAACCACAUUUUAGUGUUGCUCAUAUUGCUGCUUGUGUAAAUCUCUUGUGAAAUCUAGAGGAGCUUUCCUUUACACAAACUUAGGGUUUUUAAGGAGGAGAUAUUAUCUACACCUUGAUUAUCAAUUCAGUUGCUACCAUUGAAGUUUAAAGAAACACAAGCGGGUGUGCUUGUAUCUGGUGGUGAAUCCAAGAAAGAAGGAGUCUAUGGAUUCGGAGCUUGCAUGUGGUCGUGUCAGUAAGUUCUACUGGUGGGUAGCAAUAAGAAGUCGAGCGUGGGGGCUUGUAAUUCUUAUUGUAUGAACUUCGAUUCUUUCAAGAUAGUGGAUUCAGGUUUACCUUGAGGAUAACUAGGUUAAAUUCUCUUCAGGUUUUUACCGGUUUGGUUUCCUGGGUGAUCAUAGCUUUGUGUUAUUUAUCUUUCCACUGCUAUGCAUGAUAUGAUUGUUGUGAUUGUGAUAACCUAGAUUUGUUAAAUUGGACUAAGUAACAACUUGACUAAUUACCUAGGUUAAUCCAAUUGAGUUUUUAAGGGGUCUAAAAACUAUCAAGUGGUAUCAGAGCGGGUUGCUCUCUUGUUGUUGAUCUGUUGAUCACUGAGCUGAUCCUUGACCCCUAUUGUCAUGGAACACAGACACUUUCUUGUUAUUCCUCCUCACUUUGAUGGGAAUAAUUAUGCUUAUUGGAAAGUAAUGAUGAAAACAUUCCUGAAAUCGAUUGAUGAGAGAGUCUGGAACUCCGUUGAAUACGAAUGGGAGAAGCCCACUACUCCUGUUAGUGAGUGGCAAACUUCUCAAAAAGAAGCAGCCACAUUCAAUAGCAAGGCUAUGAAUGCUAUCUUUAACGAUGUUUCUAUGGAGGAAUUUAAGAGAAUAUCUAAUGUUGAGGUUGCUCAUACUGCUUGGAAUAUCCUCUAGACUGUGCAUGAAGGCACAAAGGCUGUCAAAAUCAACAAAUUGCAGCAGUUAACUUCUAAGUUUGAAAGCAUUAGGAUGUUUGAUAAUGAAUCUUUUGAUGAAUUCUAUGCUAAACUUAAUGAUAUUGUUAAUUCUACUUUUAACUUGGGUGAAAUCUAUGAUCAACCUAAAAUUGUUAGGAAGAUUCUUAGAUCGUUAACUGAAGACUUUAGACCCAAGGUGACUGCUAUUACUGAGAGUAAGGAUGUGGACUCCAUCCCUGUUGAUGAACUUGUAGGAUCACUUCAAUCUUAUGAGUUUGACCUACCCAAAACUAACAAAUCCAAAUCAAUGGCUCUUAAGUCAGUUGAUGAUGUUGAGAUUGGUGGAUUUGAUGAUGAGCUCUCUGCUACAGAGAUUGCUUACCUUGCCAAAAACUUUAGAAACUUUCUCAGGAAUAGUAAUAGAAAGGCAAGAGGUACGAACACUGUUGAACCUAGAAACUUUAGGAAGAAUGAUCUCACUAAGGUUAACAAUAAUGAUAAACCUAGAGAAAAAGUAGGUCAAUCUUCAAAUAAUUCUAUGGGUCCUCAGUGUUUUGGAUGUCAAGGGUAUGGUCACAUGAAAUCUGAAUAUCCUACCUAUUUGAAGUCUAAGGGUAAGGCUAUGGCCGUAAUCCUUAGUGAUGGUGAAGUUUUUGAUGAUAAGUCUAAUUGUGACGAGGAUGGAAACUUUAUUGCUUUUACUGCUACGACUGUAGUCAAUGAAAGCAUAUCUGCUGAAAAGAACCCUUCUGAUGGGGAACUCUCUGAGGAUGCAAAUCUUCAAGAGGCCUACAAUAAACUUUGGAAAAUUGCUGCAAAGGAUGCUAUGAAUAUUGAACUUGGCCUGAAGAAAAUUGAAUCUCUUGAGCUUGAUAAGAAGAAUUUGCUUGUAAAACUGUUCAAUGCAAAUACUUUUGAACAAUGUGAAAACUGAGAAUAUGCUAUUACUUGAUAAAGUUAAAUCUUUGGAACUUGAUUUAUCUGUUGCUAGAUCUGCUAGUUCUAAACUUGAUCAAAUGCUGAGUGUUCAAAAAUCUCCUUCUGACCAAUCUGGAUUAGGUUUUGUUGAAAGCAUCUCUGUGUCUGCUCCCCAUUCCACAAACUUUGUCCCUUCAUCUUAUUCUGAACCUUCUGUGAGUGAGAUUGUGUGUGAAACUGUCAAACCCCCUGUAAGUGAGGUUGUCAAACCCAUAGAAGUUUCACCAUCUAGGAAGAUUAUGGUUGAUCUAAAAGAGUCUAAACCUAAGAAGCCAACCCUGUCUAAGGACAAGUCAUAUGAUAAACCUGCAUGGGUUUGUCAUUUUUGUGGAAAGUCUGGACACAUUCGUCCAAACUGUUACAAGCUGCAAGCUACAAGCUGCAAAGAGAGCAAACAAACCAAAAGUACCUGUGCCUCAAGCACAAGAUCCUAUGGUACUCAUUGGUGAAUUGGUAAAGGCUUUAAACCUUUAUUCCAAUCCUAGAGUUGGUAAUCAUUCCCAAGUAAAUAAGAACUCCAAUGCUCAUGGUGCAUCUAAAAGGUUUUGGAUGCAAAAGACUCAAACUAAUUGAGUCUUUCUGACAUGGUCCUUGUGCUUUGUUACUCUACUCUUUGUGAUCUUUUGUUCUUUGGUUCUGUGUUUUUUUCUUCUUUGUUUCUAUGAUUUGCAUUGCAUAACAUUCAUGCAUUUCAUUCUAGGUGUUUUUUUUAAUUAAAAAAAAAAAGAGAAUAAAAAGGAAGCAAAUUGUGUUUUGCACUAUUUUCUUGGUUUUUGAGAACAAGGUUGAUCAAUUUAUUUUCACAUAACAUGUCUUUUGUAUCUUGUUUAGUUUUGAUGAGCUUACUUAUUGCACUUUACUAGUUGAAGCUUUGUAGUGCAUGUUGUAUGGAAAAGAUGUUUAUGGUUUUGAUCACUUUGUCUUGAUCUUGAAGUCACAUGUUUUUUGACUGUCGAACUUAAACUUUUAGAGAAAGGCAUAAAUAAUAAUCUCACCACUGUUCACUAGCCAAUCAUGAACACCUUAGUGCAUAUUGUAAGAUUUUGUGCUCGAUAAAGUGUAGCACAUGCACAAAAAGAACAUAAGGUGUAGUCUCGGUUUAAAUGUUAAAAUUGGUGUGUACAUUAUUAGACUUAAUGAUUACAUCUAUCAACUAAAAUUGGUGUGUACAUUAUCCCGGCUAUUUUAAUAAGUUUCUGAAUAAUUAAAAUUUGUGUGUACAAUAUGAGGCAAACUCAAGAAACUUACAUGAUUGCAAGCUUAUGAUCUAGGAGAUGUGGGAGUUGUAUGAUGUAACUCUUUAGGUGAUAGUCUCUUUUAAAUUCAAUUUGAUGAAUUUUGUAGACUUUGUGAUUGAUUUCUAUUUACAUAUCACCUCACAUGUAUCUCAAGCUUUUGCUAGUUGCACACACUAUACAAGUUACUCUUUGCUAAACAUUGUACAUGUUAUUGUGUGUGUCUUUGGUCUAACCAACCAAGUUUGCAAAUACUUUGACUUUUUUUGCAAAUACUUUGAGUUUUAUGCAAAACUGAUUUGAUGCUUGAAAAUUUAUGGAGAAUGUAAGAAAUUUUAAAUUUGGGACAAUUGGGCUUCAAUUCUUGUUUUUGAAAAUCAUAUCAUCACAUACUCAUGCAUUUUGUUCCUUAAUUUCAAUGCUUUGAGAUGUUUCUAAAACUUUUUCAAAAACUGUGUUUUCUCAAAAAAUUGUGAGUCUCUGUCUGUUUUGAUUGAUCGAGUCUGUUUUUUGAUCAAUCGAAAUUGAUUUUAAAAAUUUAGGUGAGCCUCUGUUUGUUUUGAUCGAUCGAACCUAAUACUUCGAUCAAUCGAAAAUCGUAUGGGAAGUUUUUUAAAAACUAAUUUUCAGUUGAGACUAACACUUUUUCAAAAAGUUCUUUACCUUUUCUCUCUCCAUACGACUCGGUCAAGGCUCAAUCUCAAAUUUUUGUAGUUUUCGUCCAUUCUUUUUGCAAGGUUUUCCUCUCCCAAGGCCGGUAAGACCUUUAUACCCUUCCCUUUGCAUUUAUUUUCAUGUUUUCAUGCAUAAACUCAUGCAUUUUGUUGGGAUUUUCGGACCUUUUCAAAUUUGGGAUUUUUGUUGAAUCAAGCUUCUUUUUCUGAAAUUGAUCAUUGGGUUUUGUUCCUAUAUUGUUAUAAUCAUGUUAUAUGAUGGUCAAUUUGAUCAAUUUGGGGUUUUGUGAUAAAUUGAAAAUUCUAGGGCUUGUAUUGAACCCGAUUUGGGGUUUUUGUUCAAAUUGGUUCAAUUGAUGAAAUUGGCUUGUUGUAGUGAUGUAAUUGAUCAUUAUUUUAUGUCAUCUAUCUUAUGUAAUGAUCAAUUCGUCAAUUUAUUACAAAUUGAUCAAGUGGUUUUUCAAAAUUUUGGGGUUUUUAUUAGAAACUCUAUGCUUAAGCCAAAUUUGUGAACUUGAACUUAAUUUGAACUUAAUUGCACUGCAUUAGGCCAUGCAUCACUACAUUUAAUUUGUUCAUGCAUCAUAUAGAUUUUUGUUCUAUAUUUUUUUGUGCUAACUUGCAGUCUGCCCUUGGUUUUUUUUCUUUUUUUGCUUUGUGUCUUGGUCCUUAUCCUAGCACCAUGCCUAGGAAGACUAGAGCCCAUAGGACCCCCUCCAUGUCCUCUGAGUCUCCCUCUAGGAGUGAGGUGUUUAGGAAUGACAAAAGCAGAGAGGCCUUUGAGAAACUGAACUGUAAGCGUAAGAUUUAGGCUUAGCGUUCUGUGGUUUUAGAUGAGAUUGAUCCAACCAUUAUGGAUAACUUUGAGUCUAGAGGUUGGUUGUCCCUAUUAGAGAUAGAUCAUCCACCCCCGACCGCCCUGAUUAGAGAGUUCUUCUCGAAUCUCUCUUUCCACAUCUAUGAUUCCAACGCUCCUGUUAGGAGUUGGAUACGAGGUGUUGAGUUCACUAUUACUCCUCGGGUAGUGGUUGAAGCUCUUGGGGUUCCGGUCGUUAGGGAGCCUGACUAUCCCUAUGAUAAGUCUCCACCUUUAGAUGUUGUCAUGUCAUACAUCACUGGGUCUUCUAUCCAGUGGGGUUCUGAUCCUCGGAUCAUGUCUGCUGAGCUUACUGAGACUGCCUAUCUUUUCUUUAGGAUAGCGUGUCAUUCUUUGUGGCCUAUUUCUCAUCUCCACACCAUCCCUCUAGAGCGAUGUGUGUUUUUGUAUGCUUUUGUUUCUGGUGCGUCUAUCAGCUUUCCUCAUCUGUUCCUUCGUUCUUUGAACGAGGUUCAUAGGAGUUCUGCCGUAGGGCAUGCGCUUAUCCAUCCUAUUUUCAUUCAUAGGAUUUUGUUAUUUCUUGGUCUAGAUGGUUUCCCUUCUGGUGAGUCUAUUCAUGUUGUUGCUCCCAUAGGUGCCACCUUUCUUAGGCAGAGGGCUGCUCACUUGAGAGUUGAUCCUACGCGUCCUAGAGGUGGGCCUUCUGGUGUUGUUCCCCCUCCUCCCUCUUCCACAGGUGCUGAUGCUGCUGAGACGUCUGGUGGCGCUGCUGCUGAUGCUGAUGUUCCUCCACUGACUACUUCGGAUGAUUCAGACAUUCGACAUACAUUGGAUCAUGUCUUGACCGUUCAGGCAGUUCAUGGACAGAUUUUGGUGGACGUGCUCGAUGAGAUCCGUGCUUUGCGCCCAGAGUUGGCACAGUUUAGACGAUCUUCACCGCCACCUCCCUUUUGAUGAUGAUUUUUGAUUGCCCUUUGGCAUUCCGUCACAAAAAGGGGAAGUACAUAUUUGAGCUCUUGUAGAGUUUUGUCUUCAGGGGGAGAGUUUUUUUUUUUUUGGUUGGAGCUUGUGGAGUUUAGAUUGUAUCUAGGUGCUUCACAUUGUAUUUUAUCCUUUUUAGCUCUUGCCAUACCUUUGUUGGGUUAUGCAUGUUAGGGGGAGUUACUUUUAUUGCUUUAUAUGUUUCUUGUUUUCAACUGCUUAUUAAUUUAUAUUUAUGAGUUUUUCAUUGAUAUAUGUCUUUAUUGUGUGUUGUUUGAAAUCAAGAAUUUAUUUUGUUUACUUGUAUUUUCCAUACAUGCAGUUAUGCAUUUUGUUUAGUGUUUCAGGAAGUAUACAGGUUGAUUCAAUUGAGCUGCUAUCUACACUUGCAACUGAUGGAUAGUAGUUAGGAUUGGAUUUGUUUUAUGAGCAUUUGUUUUGUAAAGGGCUUUUCUUUGUAAACUUUGAGUUUCUAGUUGUGUUUUGUCACAGAUUGCCAAAGGGGGAGUUUGUUAGGUUCUAAAGACUUAGGUUUUUAUGUAUUUAGAACUCUAAUGUGUAUUGUUGGCAAACCAUGAUCAAAACAAUAUGUUUAGUCGUGUUUAGACUUGCUCAAAGUUGGUUCGUUUAUGUAAAGUUGGAAUAAGCUGAUUCAGGAACUAUUUAAGCUUCUCGGCCUGGUUCGAUCGAUCGAAGCUUAGGCUCGAUCAAUCGAAAAUCGGGUUAGAGGCAUUUUUCUGUAGAAUUCCAACUCAGCCCUAGUUUGUUUAAAACGUUUAGGGUUUUCUAAUUUGUCCUAAGUAUAAAAGGCAAACCCUAGCCACGUUUAAGUGUUGCUCAUAUUGCUGUUUGUGUAAAUCUCUUGUGAGAUCUAGAGGAGCUUUCCUUUACACAAACUUAGGGUUUUCAAGGAGGAGAUAUUAUCUACACCUUGAUUAUCAAUUCAGUUGCUGCCAUUGAAGUUUAAAGAAACACAAGGGGGUGUGCUUGUAUCUGGUGGUGAAUCCAAGAAAGAAAGAGUUCGUGGAUUCGGAGCUUGCACGUGGUCGUGUCAGUAAGUUCUACUGGUGGGUAGUAAUAAGAAGUCGAGCGUGGGGGCUUGUAAGUCUUAUUGUAUGAACUUCGAUUCUUUCAAGAUAGUGGAUUCAGGUUUACCUUAAAGAUAGCUAGGUUAAAUCUUCCCCAGGUUUUUACCGGUUUGGUUUCCUGGGUGAUCA